GGAGUUCGUGAAAGAGAGGAGGAGCCGAGGGGGAAUGGUCGGAGGAAGAGGAGGAGCCACACAACUCGGUGGAAGAGGAGGAAUAUGAGGAGGAGCCAAAGGCGAUUGGGACGCAUAAAUAUAGAAGGGAGGAGUUUACAGAGUAAUGGGCGGCGGGAGGGGGCAGGAUGAGGGUGAGGAGGUGGAAGAGGAAUCGUCAGCACCACAGGGAAGAAGGAGGAGUAGCAGGCUCCAAGUCAGAGUUAGAAUAUUUGUACUGGAGGAACCCGAUGGGCUAUGAAGCUGUUUAGUAGGGGGCGGGUCAUAACGUUACAACAACAAACAACACACACACAAUAACAAUGCAAAGUAAAGAGGAGGAGGAGCCGUGUCCUUAAGGAGGAGUACGAGGGAGGAGGAGGAGACGCUGCGGGCACAAGAGGGAUGAGACAGAGGAAUAGGAGGAGGAUCCAGGGGGGCGGGGCGGGAAGAGUAGGGAGGGAGGAGCUGUAGCUUUGAGCAAUUAAUAAUUAUGCAUGAUUAUUAUAAUUAUCAUCACAGACGAGGAGGAAGGAGGAGGAGCCGGGCUGACGAGGAGGCGGAGAGUGGGAGAGGAGGCAGCCGUGGCGAUUGGAAGUCGGAGGAUGAGGAGGAGUGGCUGGGCCCGGAGGAGGAGGAGCCCGGCUGGCGGUAGCGGAGAUCGGAAAUCCGGUGGGGGUGGCAGGAAGCAAAAUAAGUUACAAAUGUAGCGAGCCGGACAUCGUCAGCCCGUGACGCCUCCCCCGUGGCCCCGCAUUUUCCAUCCCAACCUCCGAGCUGCUGCUCCCCUUGCCGUUCUUCCCCGAGUCGAUUCCAAAUCGUCGUCGCACGGUGCAACACCGUUUGCUUGGACAUGUCUGGACGUCUGGAGAGACACGACUCCCUGCGGCUGCCCGCCGUCAAGAUGCGCUGGCGGGAGAAGCUGCAGACGCAGCGGGUGAAGAGGGCACUGUCCUUCCGCUGGUCGCGAGCUUUCUCCGGCGACGCGCUGCCCGUCUCUCCCACGCACAAGGGGGAGGCCGGCCCGUCGGAGGGCCUGGCGUCCGUGGAGCGGGCCCUCACCUACUACCGCGCCAUCCUCGACAAGGGCGUCCUGGAGCUGCUGCCGGGCACGGCAAGCCGAGUACUCGAGGCCGUCUGGAGCCUCCUCUCCGGCCUGCCACCCCAGCCCCUCAGCCCGGAGGUGGCGUGGCGCGAACGGCGAGUGUACCGCUCGCUCACGGACCUGGCACGCUGCUCAGACCGCUUGCUGGUGGGGGGCCGCCCCCCCGAACACUCGGCCGCUCUCGCCGUCACGCAGCGCGUGACCGACAGCCUGCGGGAGCUGCUCCGAGUGAUGCAGAAGCAGGAGGAGAACGCCCCCCCUGCAGACGAUGUGGACGGGCGCUCGCUGACAGCGCACGGGCCGGAGGCCGCCGAGCCGACGUUGGACCGCUCCGACACGCUCGCCACGCAGCACAGCCUCUCCCUGGGGGUGCUGCUGGAGACGGACGUCGGACCGGGCCCCCCACCCAAACCUCCCAGGCCGCGGCCUCCCGAUUUCCUCUCCGCAACCGCCCUCACGGUGCCCAGCGUGAGCCUGUUCGCGAGGCGCGUCGCGGGCCACACCGCCCUGGUGCCUGUGGCCACCGUGCUGCCCAUGUGCCGCCCCGUCGGGGGCAGCCUUCCCCGCGACGGUGGCGCCGUCAGCUGUUCGCAGGAGGCUCCGUGCUCCACGCGGUGCUGCACCCUGCCGGCGCUGCUCAGCAAGUCGCCCCUCGUCCCUCCUCCUCCGGCGCCGGCGUCGGCGCCGGCGGCCGCGGCGGCGACGACGCCGGCAUUGGCGACGGCGCCCCUGGAGACGCGCGGCUUGUGGAGUCGCUCCGAGGAGCUGCUGGUGUCGGGCGCCGACGAGCCAAGGAGCGCCGCCGGCGUGCUGGCUUUGCACACCAGCAUCGAGCUGCUCGACCUGGAGAGCGAUGGGUGCUCCAUUUCGGAGUUCCUCCCGCCGUGCGACGGGUGCUGCACCCUGCCUGCCUGGCACAGACAUCAUCAGCAAGAGCUAGAGGAGGAGCAGGGUCCGCUCCUUCUCUCCGAGCCGGUGUACCCUCCCUACCCUCGCCGCCGCCACCGCCACGACCACCGCGACGACCUCGGCGCCACUGCCACCCUUCCCAUGCACCGCGGCCGCUUGGCUCGGCCGCCCGUGUCGCCGCCGCCGCCGCCCCGUCACGAGAGACGGAGCAAAGAGGGCGACCGUCCGCCGCCGGCAGGGACGCAGUGCGGCGGCCGCAGCGACGACGACGACGGCGAACGCGGCGGCGGCGGCCCGCCGCCGCCGCGGCUGCCGCAGAAGAAGAGGCGAGCGUCGGACACGGGGCGCGCGUCGCUUCCGUCGGCGCUGCUGCUCGCUCCGCCGGGACUAGCCGCCGCGGCGGCACCGCCGCCGCCCUUCUUCUCCUCCUCCUCCGUCCUCCUCGCCGCGUGUCGCGAGGAGGAGGCGGAGGAUCCGCCGUCGUCCUCGCCGCCGGCGUCCGCGUCGGAGGCCGCGCUCACGCCGGGCAUCUUCACGCCGCUGGGGCAGCUGGCGCCGCUGCCGCCGUGGGAGCUGCAGCAGCGGCAGCAGCAGGAGCUGUUCCCGCACGAGCUCUCGGUGGAGCCGGCGCAGCAGCCGCCGCCGCUGCCGCAGAAGAAGAGCAAGAUCCAGACCUACAUGCAGCUGCUGUCCGACUACGCACUGCCCGUAUCGAGCUCUGCCCAGCUACCUCCGACACCGUUCGCGCCGUUCAGCCCCGCGUCUCCGCUGCCCUCGCCGCUCUCCUCCCCCUCGGCCUCGCCGCUCUUCGCCUGCUCGGCCUUGCCGCCGGCCCUGCCGCCGAAGCGCCGGCAAACCAUGGUGAUUGUGACAGAGGUCUGUCCACCGGUCGUUCCAAGCGAGCGGUUCGUUGCGUCCGGAGGUCGACCCUUCGGCGACCCCGAUAGUCCCGGGACUCAGGCCGCCAACGACGAGGUGUUUUCGCUGGAGCGUGAGGAGUUGACGGGAGAAUCUCGAGCGCUCUCCGUCACCGAUUUCACCGAGCUACACGCCGGGCUCGUCUUCAAGAAGGAGGGAGAGGACGGGCCGGACCUGAGGGGCGGCUACGUCAACUCGCUCCUCGUCUACGCCACCGUGGAGGCCAACGCUGGCUUCCGGGACGUGUUCCUCAUGACGUACCGCUCCUUCCUCUCGCCAAAGGAGCUGCUGCAGAAGCUGCUGCUCCGGCUUGCCAAGUUUUGCCGCGCUUCGGGAGUGGAGGAGCUGAUUGGACGAGACACGCUGCACAUGACUCUGCGCGUCGUGCAGGAGCUACGCCCGCGGGAGCUGUCGCGCGAGCUGCUGUCGCUGCUGCUGGAGGCGAGCUGCUCGCUGCUCUCCGGGGGGGACCUGGGGGGCGCGCGGCGCCUGCGUGAUGCGGUGCUCGCCAAGGCCGAGGAGCGGCGCCUCGAGCAAGCGGUGCCGCCCGCGUCGCCGCUGUCGGCGCGCAGCGUCUCGUCCAGGAAACGGACGCUGCUCGACUUCCCGAGCCAGGAGCUGGCGGAGCAGCUCACGCUGCUCGACUCGCAGCUCUUCCUCAAGAUACAGAUCCCGGAGCUGCUCAUGUGGGCGCGUGACCAGGCGGAGGAGCAGAGCCCGAACCUGGCUCACUUCACGGAGCACUUCAAUGCCGUGUCCUACUGGGUUCGUUCGAUCAUAAUUCAGCACGAAAGGGCACAAGAUCGGGAGAAAAUGCUGAUUAAAUUCGUCAAGAUUCUCAAGUGCCUCCGGAAGCUGAACAACUUCAACUCGUACCUCGCCAUCCUGUCGGCCGCUGACUCGGUGCCAAUCCGCAGACUGGACUGGCACAAGCAGACGAGAGAGCGGCUGGCGGAGCACACGAGCAUCAUGGACAGCUCGUCGUCGUUCCGCGCCUACCGAGCGGAGCUCGCUGACGCUCAGCCGCCCUGCAUCCCCUACCUUGGCCUGGUUCUCCAGGACCUCACGUUUGCCCACCUGGGAAACCCCGACACCAUCGACGGGAAAAUCAACGUGGCCAAGUGCUGGCACCAGUUCUCCAUUCUCAGCACUGUGCAUCGAUUCCAGCGCUGCCGGUACCAGCUGAAGCGCAGCGAGACCGUCAUCGCGUUCUUCAACUACUUUGGUGACCACCUGUCGGAGGAGGCCCUGUGGGAGCUGUCGGUCAAGAUCAAGCCCCGCAAAGUCGCUCCGCGUCGCAGCAGCAGCGUGCGCGAUCCGGCGCGCUCGUGAGCCCCAGGGCCACACCACCCUCCCACGCUUCAAGAGGCGUGCCGGCCGCCGCCGGUUGCUUACGAGCGGUGCGCCGAGUUCACGUUACACGCGUUGGGGGGGGGGGUGGGGGGGGGGAAACCGAUGGGAGCACGGAUGGACGCAGGAACGACGACGACGCCGCUGAAAAAAGACAAAAAAAACUUGACGCUCGAGUCGAAGCUCUAACGUCGUGAAUCGUGAUAACCUGGCAAAUCACUCGGUGGCGGGGAGGUGUCAGGAUUUGUGAAGACCAAACUACGCACCAAUCGACAAUUCUGGAUCUAUCCCUAACGUCCGAGUCUCGAAAAUUAACUUGUCAGACUGCACGGGGGGGGGGGGGGGUGGGGGGAGGAGUGGGCGAAGCGUGCUUUUGUGUCGCGGGCCGAGCCCGUGUCCUUUCAGGACUCUGGCGAUGCGUCCUGUCACCCAAUGUGGUGUUUUCUGAGUGGGCAGUGCUCGCACGCGUCUGCUGCUGCUUCUCCUGCCCUCUCGUGACAAAAUAUGGAAAGGAAAAGGGAGCGAUGGUCCAUAAUGAUGGUGAUGGUGGGGGGGCUGAUGAUGUUGUACCGAUGCCAUGCCCUGUCCAUUUGGAAAAAAAUAAUGUGUUUACCACAAAUCAAACUGACUUAAGUUUACAUAAUUAAUACCUUUUUUGUGAAGCUCAUGGCUGCAGUGCCAAUGUAAGUUGGGAAGAAAAAAAAACACAUUGCUGUGAAAGAACCUGCCACGUGAACAUUCUCUCGAGGGCUCGCCGUGCGAGAAAGAGAGGCUUCUGGGACAAACAAACACCGACGCCAAGAGGAAGGGCCGCGAGGUGGACGUGCCAGCCGCUGCUGGAACUCGUUGCGAUGAGCGAGUCCGAGGCCGGCAUUCUCAUCUUUGUCCUACGGAAGUGUGAGCAUCGAUUCACUUGCUGGACAUCUGUGAAAAGGAGCCACGUAGCUCGUCGGAUUCCUCCAGUAUAGAUAAAGAUUCUGUAGCGACCAGAGGCACACACUCUUAACGGGAAUGGAGAUAAUUUAACAGAGGAAUAUCCGGACUACUUGUAAAGGAUCGCCGUAAAUCACGACCAGAACUCAAGACACGUGUGUACUCAAGGGGAUUGGUAUAAGUGUGUCAAGAGAGCCGUGUGUACAAACCAGGCUUUGCUUUUUAAAGUAAACAAAAUGUAAAAAAAAACUGUGUACAGUGUUGCCGAGACUGUAUUGUAAUGGCUUUUUACGGGCUGUAUGUAUGCGUGUGCAUCUAUUCCUCUGCAAAGCCUUAUAAACGCCUGGGCCAAGUCCUGUUUACGAGCACCCGAUGAAGGUCAGCACGGUGCACAAGGGGAGAGUGCUGCGAUCAGCAUCGCCCCACGCAUGGUCGCCUUUAUCUCCCCGGCGCUGACACUGCUCAUGUUCGCACGCUGUGCGAGAGGCGCUCGUCGAAGGCUGAGCUGGUGGCCUCUCUCCACCGGGGAUAAAACACAAAACGAACAUCGGCGCUGGCAAGACAACGGCACAUCGCACCACGCCGUUGCAAAUCCACUUCCAGCCUCAAAUAGGUGCUCGCCGACAGGACUUUCCCCGUAAAAAAAAAAACGUAACUUACGGCAAUAGGCGCAAGAGGGUUGAGUCUUUUACGGUUUGCGUGUGCGUGUAAAUGUAUGUGUACAUUAUAUAUUUAACAAAAAAGUGUAUAUGUUAUGUAUUAACCUACAGUGGUGCUAAACCCGUGUCCGCUUCAUGAACGGACGUCGCGCUGGCGUCCUCGAAUCGGUCCAACGCGUGUGCCCUAGGUGUAAGGGAACGAGCAACAGAGAGAGGUCGACGGGGAGAAUGAAACUAAGAAAAAAAAUCCACCCAGGAACGGACUCGCAGCUGUCGGGGAAUCAACGGUACCCCUGUACAUAGAGUAUUUUGCGUAAAAACACCGCUAUGCACGAGGGUGUUACCAGUCGAGAUAAACGGCCCAUCAUCACUCUGGGGUCGAUAAAGUAGGUGCCACUUUGUGGAGAAGUCGCUUCGUUUAAUAUGGAUAGAUUUGCCCCACCGCAUUCGUGCCCCCUGCCAUAGGAAUGAGGAAUUUCCGCCACUGGCAGCAAGGCUCCAAACGGCAGGGGGUGGGGGGGGGGAUAAGCACCACCGCCUUAAUGACCGUUCGUGCAGGAAAUUGCUUCGACUUAAGUUUAUUUCACUGUUGUAACAAAGUCAAGCGAGAACGAUGAAAAAGCGUCGAUCGGUCGACGUGGAGACGCCGAUGUCAUCGCCGCCGCCGUUCGGCGCCCGUCUUCUACCGAAGAUUUGUGCAACGCGAGAGAGCCGUGUGAAUGCGGAGUCGCUGCUUUGCUUUUUUACUUUUCUUCCCCCCCCCCCCCCCACUUUUUACUACGUGGAAAUUUAAAUGACGAGGUCCCAACUUUGGAGUCUUUGGCGCACUCGGGCGCGCCGCAGGUGCCCGUGGGGUCGCACGUCGCAGCAGACUCCGGAGACUCGUCGUGGACGGCGGAUGACUCGAGUACCACCGAACUGGAAGGAGAAAGAGUGUUGCAUCGCGAAACCCAACCGUCUUGGACGUCGUGAGGCAUCCUCGGCGGCGUGGAAGCUUGCGGGAUACUCUGCCAAUGAGUCGAACGAACAAACGAGGGAGAGGUUGUUUGUGGGUUUUGGCGAAGGUGGACUUUGAGUCCCGCUUUUCCGCCCGCGUGGUUUCCAAAUGACCCCGACCCCCCCCCCCCGACUCCCCACCCCACCCCAAGUGACCUUCCGUGCUCGGGAGAGGUAAGGUUUUUUCGAGUUGGUGAGACGCAAGCGAGCGACGAACUCGUCUCGCUUGUCCCCUGCUCUUGGUGGUUGUGAAUAUUGACGGUGUGUGUGUGUACGUGUGAUGCAUGUCAACUGGGGGGAGGGGGGGUGGGGAAUUGGACUUUUAAGUCGUGAGUCGCAGCACUCCUUCGGUUCGCCGACUUGUGCAUCACCUGCCCCCCCCCCCCGCCAUGUGUCUGUGUUGGCGAGAGAGGCAGUUGGUGCACAGGUUCGUUUUGGUAAACGCGGUGGUGGUUGUUUGCAUCCUUGCCAUCAUUAUUAUUAUGAUGGCCGUAUUGGAUAAUGCCGAGUUGUGUGCGUGUGUGACCGGUAACGGAAAGUCCUAUUCGGCCUUGCGGCUCGGUGGGGGGAGAGCAACCGGGCUCCUCUUAUCGGAAAGUUGAAAAUUCAAAUCCUGGUUGGGGACGGCAGGUGGGGGGGGGUGGGGGUAGUGUUUGAACCCCAUCAUCCCUUCGAGAGGCGGGGGGGGGUGGUCGAUAAAGUGCAUACCACAUUGUGGAGAAGAGGGCAAUGGUGGUUGUCCUCUGGAGAGCAUUUGGCAUUUGGGAUGGCUGUGUGGGCCACUUCCGUGAAAGCCCAGUUGGGAUUGGGCGAUCAUCAUCACCUCGACUCGUUUUUACUUCACUCUCGGGAAGGGACGUUCUCCCGGCCCCUGGUCUGUAACGUACUCUGCUGCGAUGUUGUAUUUAAGUGGGCAGAUUGGUAUCGGUUUUUUUUUUACGAAUAAAUGUUUUAUUGUUUAU